AUGUUUGGCAAGAUUAAUUUGGAGGUGGAGGAGAAUGUGAAGGCGAUUAAUUUUAGGAACGAGUGUUUGGAAGUUGAAGGGGUGGAUAAUAUUCCCGCCAUCGUGUUAGAUAGGAAUGAGGCAAAUGGUAGAUUUUGGUUGAAUUUGAGAAUUAAAGAGAAUAUGAUUGUUCAAAAAUCUAAAGUCAAAUGGUUGAAAGAUGGGGAUUGUAAUAGUAGUUUCUUUCACAAGGCUAUGAAGGAGAAACGAAGGCAUAAUCACAUUGGUCCGCUUUUGUCAUCGGGCUCUUUAUUUGAGACGGUGGGGGAGGUGAAGGAAGAGGUGUGGCGCCAUUUUUUGGAUAAAUUUUCGGAAUCGGAGAGUAUUAGGAGGGCGUUGGAGGGAAUGUCUUUCAAGAGUAUUAGUAUGGAGGAGCAAAUGGGGCUUGAGUAUCCCUUUCUAGAGUCGGAAAUUAAAGAGGCAAUUUGGGAUUGUGGGAUCUCCAAGAGUCUGGGUCCGGAUGGUUACUCUUUUUUGUUCAUUAAAAAUUGUUGGAGUUUUAUCAAAGAGGACUUUAUUCGUUUUUUCAAUAACUUUCAUUUCGGGGAGGUAUUGUCUAAAGCGGUAAUUUCUUCUUUUUUGGCUUUAAAUCCGAAAUCUUCUAAUCUGAUUUCUUUGGAUGAUUAUAGACCUAUUUGUUUAGUAGGUUGCAUGUACAAAGCUAUUUCAAAUUUAUUGGCGGGAAGAUUAAAAAAAGUUUUGAACUCCAUUAUCUCUCCGUGUCAAACCGCGUUUGUGUCGGGGCGUCAAUUACUUGAUGGGAUUUUAGUGGCCAAUGAAGUUGUUGAUUUUGCACAUAAGGAGGGAAGGAAUUGUCUUUUAUUCAAAGUGGAUUUCGAGAAGGCUUAUGAUAAUGUGAAUUGGAAUUUUCUAAAAAUUAUGUAG